CUCAUAUAUGGCAAAGUUCGCUUUAAUAAAGAUUCUCUUCUCUAUCCAGGCAAAAGCUUAUAAUAUAGGCCAACAUAGACGCUAUUUAAUAUUGUUAUAAGUAUAAUUGUUUUCUAUUCUUAUCCUUUAUUUUAUGAAAUCCAUGAAAUUACCUUGCAUAGAUUUGUCAGAACAGAAUACAAAUCUUCUUAGUAAAUCGGUUGCUGACGCUUGUAAAGAAUGGGGAUUUUUUACACUGAAAAACCAUGGAAUCAGGCUAGAAGACGUACAAGUGUUGUUCAAACAAAGCGAUGAAUUUUUCAAGCUACCCAGCGAGGAGAAGGAGAAAUACGUGUUUCAUGGAAGUGAUUUGCCGUCAGGGUAUUCAAGACACCAAGGUGAAGGCGUUUAUUCACAAAAGCCACAGUAUAGAGCUGUAAAAGAGUACUAUGAUAUCGCAGAAAUUCCUAACUCGAAUCCUGAAGGACUUAGUCAAUCAUUCCGUGAACGACUACCUGAACUAAAACUGUUUCAAAGACAGUGUUAUAGUCUUUCCUUAAGAAUCCUUGAAUUGAUUGCUCUUGGAUUUGAGAUACCAAAGGAUACCUACAGCAAACACCAUAGCUCCACUGAGGACUUCCUUCGGUUCAUCGAAUACAUGGUCCCUGAGGGAAAAGGACACGUACAGGACGAUGUGGAUACAGAUAGUCAUUUUGAUUAUGGAACCAUUACCUUGCUGUUUCAAAGAGACUAUGGAUGUUUACAAAUUCAACCUCCACAAACUCAAGGUUUUUCUAAUCCUGAGUGGGUUCGAGUCUCUGUUGACAAAGAGGUGAUUUCAGUCAAUGUUUCAGACAUGUUAGAAUUUUGGACAGGUGGAAAAAUAAAGAGCACCGUUCAUCAAAUCAAAAUUGAUCCACAUAUAAGGGAACGGCAAAUGAUUGCUUAUUUUUCGGUACCUGACCUAGACUUCCCCAUAACUGGAUAUUUUGAUGAAGGCGAUGGAAAAAAAGAAAAGACAAUGACAAUGCGCGAAUUUAGAAAAGAGAGUUCGUCGCGUCAGCCAUAGCAUAGCCAUGAUUCUAUUCGAAGCAACAAAUGCCCAUUUUUAUGGAAAAAGAGAAGAAUCGAAUGGCUUACAGGAUGUAGAAAUUAGCACUAAUUUGGAAUAUGAAUAAAGACAUUUUCGGACAUGAGGAAGGCACAGACUGAUUCACGGUACUUCUUGUCAUUCGCUCCUAAGUUGGCUUUCCAGAGACGGUCCUUUUCCUCACAAAGAUGAUUUGAAAAUUUUUUUUUAAAAGAAUGUAACAAUCUACCGAAGUUUGAACUGGUCUAACUUUCGUGGUUAUGGAUACAAUUCUAAAUAUGCGACUUCAUUUUUUUCAUAACCUUCCAAGUCUGAGGACCAAUAUCAUAUCAGACGAGUAGUCACUACUUGUGGAAUCUGAAAUUGGUAUAUGGAUGAUCUAUAUUUCUUCUCUUUAUGGCGUUAUAAGAGUGAUAUUUAAUUUUUCGAUUAUUUCCUUAUUUCUAGUUUAUGUAGGGAUUAAAGAGCUUAUCAUGAAGAAAAAGAUCCGUCAUGCUUAUAAAAAAUUCGGCCCAAGUUGACGGUUGUCAAGCAUGGGUUCUUUGAAUUGAAAAAUAAAAAACAAACGGCAACGGAAUGUAGGAGAACAAACUUGCUUCGAAAAAAUUCGAACAUGAGGAAAGGAAAUAUUAAAACUUAAUGAAAGAAAAGGAU